AUGCCUCUAGUUCUUAGCAUUGCGGUGGUCUCGCAGAAAGUGAAGGAGGCGGAGAUCACUGAGCAGGACUCGCUUCUUCUCACAAGGAAUCUGCUGCGGAUUGCAAUAUUCAAUAUCAGCUACAUCCGUGGCCUUUUUCCUGAGAAAUAUUUCAGUGAUAAGUCUGUUCCAGCCUUGGAAAUGAAGAUUAAGAAGCUAAUGCCAAUGGAUGCUGAAUCACGUAGACUGAUUGAUUGGAUGGAGAAAGGAGUAUAUGAUGCAUUGCAGAAGAAAUACCUGAAAACACUCUUAUUCUGUGUGUGUGAAGCAAUAGAUGGGCCCAUGAUUGAGGAAUAUUCUUUCUCAUUCAGCUAUUCAAAUUCUGAUAGCCAAGAAGUUAUGAUGAAUGUGAAUCGUACUGGAACCAAGAAGCGAGGAACAUUCAAAUGUAAUUCAGACUCUGAGAUAACUCCCAAUCAGAUGAGGAAUUCUGCUUGUAAAAUGGUUCGCACCCUGAUUCAACUGAUGAGAACUCUGGAUAAAAUGCCAGAAGAGCGAACUAUAUUGAUGAAGCUCCUUUAUUAUGAUGAUAUAACGCCUGCUGACUACGAGCCUCCUUUCUUCAGAGGCUGCAAAGAAGAGGAAGCUCUUAAUCCCUGGGCUAAAAGUCCUCUGAAGAUGGAGGUUGGCAAUGUAAACAGCAAACAUUUUGUAUUAGCUCUCAAGGUCAAGAGUGUUCUUGAUCCCUGUGAAGAUGACAAUGAUGGCAAUCAAAGUGAUAAUGCAAGCUUAGCAGCUGACUCUGCCCAGAGAGAUGACAGUGACUUUGAUAGUGAGUUGAGUCACUCUGAUGAUGAUCAAUACAUAGUCGCCCCAAUAGAGAAAGAAGAGAAACAGCAGAAUGCUCCUAUACUUGAUGAAGAUGAUACGCAGGACCCGGCUGAAGAUGAGGAACAACUUGGGCGGGUCAAGGACUGGAUUAGUGCUUACCACCUUGACAAAAUUGAACUAACUGAUGUCCUCUCCAAUUUUCCUGACAUUUCAGUGGCCCUGAUAGAAGAAAUUAUGGAAAAACUUGUCAAGGACGGUGCUGUGUCAAAGACUAGCAGUGAUAGUUAUAACAUUAACAAGCAAAAGAAAUUCGAUUAUGAGUUUGAUGCCGUGAAAGAAGAAAUGGAUUGUCAAGUAGGGACCAAUGGCCACAAAACUCAAAAUGGCACAACUGCAGAUUAUAUGUAUAUGAAGGCUUUAUAUCAUGCACUUCCCAUGAACUAUGUAACUGUUUCAAAGCUUCAGAGUAAACUUGAAGGAGAAGUUGGUCAAGUAACAGUUCGCAAACUAAUUGAUAAGAUGACCCAAGAUGGCUUUGUUGAAGCUAAGAGCAAUCGCAGGCUAGGGAAGCGUGUGAUCCACUCUGAUCUGACUGAGAGGAAGCUUAUUGAAGUUAAGAAAACCUUACAGAAAGAUCUUAUGGAUAUGGACAUCCAUGAAUCAGGUAACAACCAUAGAGACUUGUCCACAUGUGGUGGUCUCCACUCAAUUGGAUCAGAUAUCACGAGAACAAAGGGAAAAUCUGAUGCAUAUCAGAAUGGCUCUAUUAGGAGUGACCAAACUACCUCUAAUAGAAAGGAUUAUGGUAGCACUCCCACAAGCAGGGUUGAGCCAGUAGCUUCUAGAGAGAGCUUUGUGCCUGGAAAUGAGAAUGAAAGUGUUAUCAAAGAUCCCACCAACUGUGAUGAGUUUGACAAUAUUAUCUCCAGCAGGUCCAGCCAGAACAAACGUUCCAGGAAAGCAAGCACGGUCAAAGAGCCCAUCCUUCAGUAUAUGAAGCGCCAGAAAUCUCAAGCCGCUUGAAGAAUCUUGGAUUCUAGUGGCUUCACGGUCAUUUCUCAGUUAUCCUCGAGUUUCUUUCCCAUUUGUUCAGGUUCUGCAUAAUAGGCUAUUUGUUACCAUUGUAGAAAUUU